ACAGUCAGUUCAUAAAAUAGUGACAAAACUUUUUUCUGUGAUAACUUCGUGUACCAUUUCUUAUUUAGUUGACCGCUUAUCUGUCGACUGAAAAUCUUUCUGAUAUUCUCUAUUGUAUGCGAGUGUAUCCCGAUACUGGAAAUGCGGUGAUAAUUCAGAAAAAAACUAUUCUCACUGUUCAUGUGUUAUACAUGUAUAUAUGCAUGAUAUACAUGUAUAUCAUGCAUCAAGAAAUAUUCAUGAGUGUUGAAAUAACAUGUAGGUAUGUAUGUGAAGCUAUGAGACCAUUCUCUAGAUUUAUCUGCAUCAUGAAAUUAUCCGCAUAACAUCAUAGAUAUGUUAUCUAUGAUACCAUAGAUGAUGCUUGACUCAUUCAAAAAUUGGAAAAAUUCACAUGAUGUAAUAAACGUUUCAGCUAAUUUACGUUUGAAAUACAAAUUUUCCGAUUUCUGUAGUUAUCAAGUAAGCAUAAAAUAGAAUUGCAAGAAAAUGAUCUCAAGAAGAAAUUAGAUAAUAAACGAUCUGUAAAUGUAUUAUGUUUGAUAAUUUCAACUGAGCACACACACUGUACAAGCAUUGAUACCAUAGACUUAUAUAGGAUUGAUACCAUAAUAUACUCAAGGGUAUACCUAGGUGUGUGUUGGUAUCGUCCAUGCAUAUUGAUAGCAUAAACACAGUUGAAAGUAAAAUAAAACACUCAUGUCUAUGAACUACACUCUGUUCAUAUGUGGGCUUUCUGGCGUAUUUUUAACGGCAAUAUCACGCGUUAGGCUCUGAUGGGGGAAAAGUUAUAAAGCUAGAUCAUUUCAGGCUGAGACUCAUCGUCAGUGCCAGUGGCUGCUCAAAGAACGUCAGAUCUUGCAUCUUCUUUUCUCUCAAAGCACCAAGCAAUUCUUUCAGCAUAAAGACAAAAGUCUUUGUGCUUUUAACUUUGAAUAUAUAAGUUUCAAAAAUUCUACUCAAAAUAAGGAAAGUGUAUUUCCUCGGAGCAGAAUUUUCCUGACAUCCCCAGCAUUUUUCUUGUAAAACUCCAUAUAGCAUUUGAUUAUGUUCACUAUUAUGACAUAUCGUGCUGCUCAACAGCCUGUCCCAUGGGUCGACAACCACAAUACUCGAUCCGUCGGAACACCUACGACCGGAACCAGUGUACGCGGGAAAAUUGGUCAAUCAGUUCAGAGAUUACUCGGUAGACCCAGCCGAUCCCAUUAAAGAACGAGUCCGCAAGACCUACUACGAUAUGCAUACUCAUCAAACUGUGGAAUUUGUUCGCUCUCGUAUGGCAGAUUGGCUCCGCUUCAAUAAGCUUAAAAUGACCGUGAAAGAUGCAUUGAUCAAAUUGAAUGAUCUUGUCGACGAAAGCGAUCCAGACUCUGAUUUACCCAACAUUGUACAUGCUUUCCAAACAGCAGAGCGAAUCAGAGCUGAUCAUCCAGAUCAAGACUGGUUUCACCUUACAGGAUUAAUCCAUGAUCUUGGCAAGGUAAUGGCUUUUUAUAAUGAGCCACAGUGGGCUGUGGUAGGAGAUACAUUUCCAGUAGGAUGCGCUUGGGGAGAUAACAUAGUUUACAGAGACUCCAGUUUCGACGACAAUCCUGAUGGCAAGGAUAGUCGUUAUAACACAAAGUAUGGAAUGUACCAGCCCAAGUGUGGUCUAGAUAAUCUGAUGAUGUCGUGGGGACAUGAUGAGUUCCUCUAUCGAGUGCUCAAACAUAACAAGACAAAAUUACCUGAUGAGGCUCUAACUAUGAUACGCUAUCAUUCAUUUUACCCUUGGCAUGCAAGCGGAGACUAUUCAUACUUCUGCACGGAAAAAGACAUGGAAAAUCUGAAAUGGGUUCUGGAGUUCAACAAAUAUGAUCUUUACACAAAGAGCGACAGUGUCCCUGAUAUUGAAAAACUGUGGCCAUAUUAUGAGGGGCUCAUAGAAAAGUACCUUCCUGGUCUGAUCGAAUGGUGAACAGAGAUCCUUCAUGACCUUCCUGUCCUGUCCUGUUGUCGCUGCCGGAAAAUUCGAAAUUCGACUUCAAAAGAUGAAUUUAUCGUCUUUUAAAUUUUAUACAAGUACAUACAUGCUAAUUGUGUUUGAAUAUUUAUAUAAUAAAAUGACCUAUACUUCUGCGCAUCCUGUUAGUACCACAUCAAUUUUGUGUAGUCCUUUUAGCAACACAGUCAAAGCAACAAACCAAUAAAAAAAAAAUUAAACGAAACUUUUGUAGAUAACUCACCGGAAUUCCGUCUGUUUUAUUCACGUAUACUGAAAAGAUUAGGAUUAAUGGGAAAACUUUGGCUCUUGUAUUCGUAAAUAUAAUGAUGCUGGGAAUUAAUGGACAUUCCGGAACUCUAUAAAUAAAUGAAAUGAUAAAAAGUG